GGCCUCGUCCUCAACCACUCACAACCACUGACAAUCAUUCAGUCACUCAGUCACGUCUGCUCUUACAUUUAGAAAUGGAUCAACUCAGAUGGAGCCACUAAACUAAACCUGAUCUAAACCUGAUCCUGCUCCACUAUGGAUUCUCUACACGUCUUUAUUUUAGCUCAGAUUAUUCUGAGUUCACUGCAGCCAAGUUUGGGAUUAAUGUCCAACUAUAAAAUCUGUGGAGACCAAGCAUGUGCACGGAUGAUGAGUCGAGUUCAGGCUCUGAGGGACCACCGAGCUCCAGACUGCAGGUUUCUCACCUUUAAAAGAGGCGACAUGAUCGACGUUUAUCACAAACUAGCGAGGAAGCAGAGCGACCUUUGGGCCGGCAGCAUACACAAGCAGUUUGGAUAUUUCCCCAAAGACGCUGUGAGAAUGGAUGAAGUUUAUGUUGAUGAGAAACACGAAGUUGAAAUGGUGACGCAGAGAGCCGACUUCUUCUGCAUGGACGCGUUCAGUUCAGUAAUCGACAGCGACCACGAUUUUGAGGAUUCGGAGGAUUCGGAGGAUCAAACGGAUUUGGAGUCGGAAGAAUUAGGUAACGGUGAUUUUGAUGAUCCGAUGAUCCCAAAAUCUGCUGAAACGAAUGAUGCUUUUGAAAAGGAUCUCAGCAGCCAGAGCACCGGUCAAGCCAAGGGCCGACCAGGACACGGAGAAUCCUCCUGGAUGGGAUCUGCCGUUACUGGAUGGUUCGGUGAAGCUGAGAAUGAAAAUAAGGAUCAGGAGAAGUUUCGGAGCAGGAAACUGGCCCUGGAUGUUGAAGAGAACCGAUUGCAUCAGGAGGAGCAAACUCAAGCGCGUGGCUGGAUUGGAGACAGACUGAACAACGUUCUUGGAUACGUAAAAAACACUAAAGACCAGGAAGAACCUGAGAACAAGGAGGACUCAACCAACACAGAGUCACAGAACUCCUGGCUGGGAGGUGGAAUAAGUAACGUUUUAGGUUUUGGAUCUGACACCAAACCUGAAGGAGAUCUUCAACCGAGUCAAGACCAAGAUGAGAAACAGGAGGACUCAAGACCUCCUGUGGAAAACGACGAGGUGGUCAUAAGAAAUGAUGAUGGAUGGUAUGGCAGCAUCUAUAACAGAAUUACAAACCUGCGUGGAGACACGACAGGACAGAAUAUUCUAGAUAAACCUGAAGAUGAAGACGUGGUUUCCAAAAAUGAGGACGCUGGCCAGUCUUCAGAUCCGAGUCAGGACUCACAAAGGGAAGAAGAUCCGCAUCAUCAUAAAGACUCAGGCUGGUAUGGAAGCAUCUACAAUGGAAUUAGCAGCUUUUAUGGGGAUGAUAAAAGUCCUGGAUCCAACAAGGAUGGUGGAGGAGAAGCUUCUUCAACUAUGGAUGAAGCGUUGAGCCCUGAUGAGAAACAGGAAUCCACAACCCUUAAGGUAGAACCAGGGUUGGCCGAGACCACCAAGGCAAAUGUGAAACUAAGAGACGCAGAUGAUGCAGGGUGGUACAGCGUCUAUAACAGAAUUAAUAACCUUUAUGGAGAUGCCACACAGGGUGAAACAUCUCCAACCACCAACGUAGAGUCAAGUCAAGAUGAGAAACUUGAAAAUGCAAGCCCUAAAGAAGGAAGUAAGGACCACUCUUCCAUGCCGAUCAAUGGUAGCGUCUACGAUAGGAUUACCAACUUAUAUGGAGACACGUCUGGCGAAAAUGAUGCUCCUGAUAAGAGUAGAGUUAUAAAAGAUGGUGGAAAAGAUACUUCAGUGAUAGUUGAGUCAAGUGAACAUGAGAACCAGGGAGCCACAAGUCUGAAAGUGGAAGCUGAUGAUCACCAAGUGGAGAACAUUGGCGAUAAACAAAACACAAGGCGGGUGCAGGAAGAGACAAACCAGGACGACUCUGAUAAGGGUGACGAUGGUGGAAAAGAUCCUAUUGGAGAAGACCAAGCAGCAGAAGAUGAAGAUGAUGAUGAAGAGUCAAAUCAUGGAUCAGAGAAAAGCAAAGAUCUCCAAACUGAAGAAACUGAAACCUCAGCAACACCGUCACAAUCCAUGGAGUCUGUGGAAGACCUUACAGAUGGCCCAAGAUCUCAGUUAAACUCAGAAGUGGCUGGAGAUAAGAAAAUAAAGACUAAUCAUGAAUUUAAUGCAGAACCACUCACAUCUGACCAAGGUUCUGAUCCCUCUACCGAUGACAAUGAUGUGCCUGAGAUAGUAGCUAAGGUGAGCAGAUCCAUAGAGAACAUCUCAGACCCAAGGAAUAGUAAUGUUGAGGAUGCUGAGAACCUGGAAGUCCACGACGACUCAAGGUCACCACUUCAGUCUGAGGCAGAUGGAGAUAAGGCAGAACAAGGUAAAGAUAAGAUUUCAGAUGCAGGUAAGGACGUCUUUGUUGAGCACCAGAUCGAUCAUGAAGAAAACCUCAAUACUGAUAAGAUUAGUGAAGCAGCUGAUCAACGACCCACUUCUGAAGGUGAGCCCAUAGACAAACCCUCCAAAGCAGAAGAAGUAUCUGUAGAUGAAGAAUCUAGAAAAAGUGUUGAAGAUUUGUUGUUUAACAGAACCAACGUUAUAGAGCAAAAUUUUGAGACCUCAAAGAAGCAUGGCAUUAAGAUACCAGGCAGUGAAGGGCCACACAUCAACCAAACAGAGUCUGUUAAUGAAACUGAAGGUGUAGAUGUUACUCAGAUGAAGUCUCCAGAAAAAGAGAGCGCAGGAGUUAUUCACACUGAAUCUCAAGAAGAAAAACGUGCAGACGUUACUCAGACUGAGUCUGGUGGUGAGAAGGAAGGUGCAGAGGUCACUCAAGAGGCAUCUGAAGAAAAGAAAGGUGGAUACGUUACUCUUAGUGAACAAGGUGCAGACGAAUCUGAAGUCGUGUCUCUAGCAAGUGAAAGUCCAGAUUUUUCUCACAUUGAGUCUCAAAAAAACAGAGGUGUAGGUGUUUCACAAAUGGACUCUCAAGAAGCUGUAGAUGUGGCUCAUAUGGAGUCUCCUGGUGAAAAAGAAGUUACAGACGUAAUUCCAGUUGAGUCUCAUGACGUAAAAGAAGGUGUAGAAGUUACUCAAAUGGAGUCUCAUGGUGAAAAAGAAGAUGUAGACGUAACUCAUGGUGAGAAAGAAGGUGUAGACGUAACUCAAGUGGAUUCUCAUGGUGAAAACGAAGGUGUAGACAUAACUCAAGUGGAUUCUUCUAAUGAAAAAGAAGGUGUAGAUACAACUUCAGUGGAGUCUCAUGGUGAAAAAGAUGUAGACGUAACUCAUCAUGGAAAAGAAGGUGUAGAAGUAACUCAAGUGGAGUCUCAGAGAAGAGAAGUUGUGGAUGUUACUCAGAUUAAGUCUUCUGGGCAAAAAGAAGGAAGAGACAUGACCCAGACGGAGUCUGAGGAAACAGAACGUGUAGACGUAACUCAAGUGGAGUCUCAAGGUGAAAAAGAAGGUGUAGAUGGAACUCAUAGUGAGAAAAAAGGUGUAGACGGAACUCAAGUGGAGUCUCACGAUGAGAAAGAAGUUGUAGACGUAACUCAAGAGGAGUCUCAUGGUCUAAAAGAAGGUGUAGAAGUAACUCAAGUGAAGUCUCGGAGAAGAGAAGUUGUGGAUGUUACUCAGAUUAAGUCUGCUGGGCUAACAGAAGGAAGAGACAUGACCCAGACGGAGUCUGAGGAAAUAGAAGAUCCGAGUCAGAAGAAGAAGUGUCCCGGAGACGGAUGUGCAGAUCUACACGAGGACACACGGACCUCAGGAGACGACGCUGUAGAGGAGAAAUCUAAACACGGUUUCAGUCUGAAGGACCUGCAGAGCUUCAACGAUCCAACGUCUUUGAAAGAUCAAGAGGAAUCCAAAACCAAUGGAGAUAUGAAUCCUAUAUCAGAAGGUAAACAGAGUCUGGAUGGAAACACGACCGAGUCUGUGUGGAGAUCUGAAGCUGAAUCAGACAGGAUUAUCAUCACUGAAGCGUCUGUGGAACAUGAAACGUCUCAACACGAUGAAGCUCUGCGUUACUACAUGGUUAUUAUUGGUGAAUUCACAUCUGAUGCUUUUACAUACGUGGUGAAGAUGAGUGGACACAUGAAAGACGUCGUAUAUGAGGUUAUGAUGUCACUUCCUGAUGAUAUACGUCCCGGUCCGGACCUGUACGGGAUGCCGUGGGAGGCCGUGAUCUUCACCGCGUCGUUGGGUUUAUUCACCCUCCUGCUGUUCACCUGCAGAUUCAUCCAGUCUGUUAAGAGCCGAUUAUACGCAUGUAAGGAGAGGAGGAUGGGGCAGAAGGUGGCCGAGCUGCUGGAGGAGAAGUGUAAAGUUCUGGAGAUGCUGAGCGAGUGCAAGCACAAGUUUGAGAAGCUGGAGACGGAGAUGCAGAACGGUGGACUUUCAGCUCAUGCUAAAGAGAUCAAAGAUCUGGAGGUCAUGUCCAAGGAGAUGAAGCAGUCGAACGAGCAGAUGAAGAACGACCUCGAGCAGCUGCAAGAACAGCUGGACCAGCAGAACCAGCUCAGGAAACAACAGACCGAUCAGCUUGCUCAACUGGAGGAGACCUUGAAGAAUCUGGAGAGGGAGGCGAAGGAGCGCAAAUCCCAGCUAGAACAGGAUAAAACCACGCUGAAGGUCCACGAGAUGAACACGGAGAGGCUGCAGAAGAAGCAGCAGGAGGCCACAGAGGAGAACGCCAUGCUGCUGGAGAGCAAGGCUCAGCUGCUGAAUGAGUCGGAGGGAUGGACGGAGAGGCUGAGCGAGCUGGAGGAGGAGAGGAGGAUGAGCCAGAGGUCCCACGACGGGAUGAUGGAGAACUGCAGGAGCAAAGACGAGCGCAUUAAGUCUCUCACAGAGUGCCUGCUGAAGAUGAAGGACUGGGAUUCGGAGGAGGAGGGCGGCGUGGACGACGCCGGCGGAGCCGAGAGCGCGAACUCUGCAGAUUUCCGUCAGAAGCAGAAGGUGCAGAAGCUCAUCUAUGCGGCCAAGAUGAGCGCAGACCUGAAGGCCACGGAGGACGACAAGAGCCGAGUGUUUGCCAAACUAGCGGAUGAAAUCAAAGCCGAAGAAGAUCUUCAAGACGGGAUCAAACAGAUGCAUCAGGAGAAGGAGUCUCUGGAGUCGGAGAGCUCCACGUUCUCGGGCGAGAUCCAGAAACUCCAGCAGAAGCUGCAGAUCAUGACUGAGAUGUACCAGGAGAACGAGCUCAAACUGCACAGGAUGUUGACGGUGGAGGAGAAGGAGCGCUCCCAAAAAGAACAGCAGCUCGACAAGGCCGGAAAGAAGAUCAGCCUCGCCGCUGAAGAGCUGAACUCGUACAGACAAAGAGCUGAAGAGCUGGAGGAGGAGCUGGACAAGACCAACCAGGCCUACAAGAACCAGGUCAGCUCACAUGAGAAGAAGGCUCACGAUAACUGGCUGGCCGCUCGAGCUGCAGAUCGAGACCUGGCUGAUGUGAAGAGAGAGAAUUCAGUGCUGAGACAGAGACUGACGGACUGGCAGUUUAAACUGGAGCUGAUGGAGAAGGAGACGUACGCACGAGACGCUCGGCUCAUCCGAGGCGAGAGAUCUCCGUACGGUCCGUCUCCACUCGGCCGCCCUCCCUCUGAAACACGGCCCUUCCUCUCACCCCCCACGCUGAUGGACGGCCCUUCCAGAGUCUCUCCACAGUUUCCCAUGAUGCCUGGCGGCAGAGCGCCCCCCGGUGGUGCGGCGGAAGGUGACCACCCUGAAGGCGGCUCCCCUACGUGGGAGAGAGACAGAGAGAGAGAACGGAGGGCUCUCGGGCCCCCAGGUCCAGAUCCAGGUCUGGUGUUCAGAAGACCCCCAUCAGCUCCGUUUCUGCGAGGUCCUCCUCCUCCGCCGGACGUUUACUACGGAGAGAAACCUGAUCUAUCGUUCGGUGGGAACGGUGCAGGGGGCGAGCAGAACGACAGCCGAAACAGUUUACACUCCAUGCCAGCCGAAAUGCGCCCCCCUCCGGACCUCCCCCCGGAUCUGAGGAUGGGUCCUCCUCCGUUCCCGCCCAUGGACCCCAGAGACCCUCGCUUCCCUCGACGGGCGUUCCGACCCGACUUUCCCUUCCCGCCUCCACCCAUGGGCAUGCGAGGACCGCUCCCUCCUCCUGGAGUUUUUCCCAGAAUGCCUCUCCCUCCACACAUGGUGUUUCCACCCAUGAGACCUCUGGCUGACCACGGCUCACCUGAACCUCCAUCCAGACCUUCACCUCCGGGCAGCGAACAGCCGGCCGAGCUUCCUCCUGCUCACGACGCCAUCUGAUCUCCACGUCCGUCCCUCUGAUGUUCCUCAGGUCCAGUCUAAUGUUCCUCAAGUCUGAUCUCCACAUCCUUCCGUUCAUCAAGUCUGAUGUUCCUCUAUUUUGAUCACGUCUAUCCCUCUGAUGUUCCUCAAGUCUGAUCUUCACGUCCGUCCCUCUGUCCAUCAAGUCUGAUCUCCUUGUCCAUCAGGUCCGAUCUUCAUGUCUGUCCCUCUGAUGUUCCUCCACUCUGAUCUCCACCUCCAUCCCUCUUAAUGUUCAACUCCGAUCUCAACGUCCAUCCAUCUGAAGUUCCUCAAGUCUGAUCUUCACGUCCGUCUCUCUGUUCCUUAAGUCUGAUCUUCACGUCUAUUCCUCAUAUGUUCAAGUCUGAUCUCUACCUUCAUCCAUCUGUUCAUCAAGUCUGAUCUCAACAUCCUUCUGUUCCUCAAGUAUGAGGUUCCUCAAGUCUGAUCUCAAUGCCCAUCCAUCUGAUGUUCCUGAAGUCUGGAUGUGGAGAUCAGACUUGAACAUCAAAGGGAUGGACAUGGGAGAUUUGGCCUGAGGAACAUCUAAAGGAUGGGUGUGGAAAUGUUCCUAAAGACUGGAUCCUUUUGGAGUUCCUCAAGUCUAAGGUUUCUCAGGUCUUUAAGGUGCGAGUAGACGUCGUGGGAUGGGUUGUUCCUCCUGUGUAGGUACAGAUGGAGCCUCCUGUGGGCGUCGGCCCGGUCUGGUGGAUCCAUGAUGCUCCUGGUUUGUGAUCUGAACGAUGACGUGUGUAUAUAAGUGAAUUGUACUGAUCCGGUGUUGUGAAUAAUAAAGAUUUCUGUAUAAAUACGGUGUCACUAACGUAGCGCUGUACGUCCUGUCUGUAUAUUUAUGGAUUAUGAUGAUGCCUGUAGGUGGAGUGAUCAGAAGUUAAUAAAGAUCUACAAACCUGGAA